AUGACUACUAGUCUUUUAAAGGAUUUAAGAGAAAAAAUAUUUGAUAAAUUGGAGAGAUCGGAAUGUAUUAUUUUUAAAAAACUCAUUAAAAAACUUGGAGAAUCUCCCGAGAGUGAUGAAGAAAACCCAGAUUUUAAUGUGAAGCACAAAACAACUAGUGAUGAAAGGGGAGAAAAAAACAAUGAUGGUUUGGAAGAUUAUUAUGAUCCAGAAAAAGGUUAUGAUGAUUAUAAUUCAGAAGAUUCAGAUGAGGGUGAUAAUAAUUACAAAGGUUCAACACAUGAAAACCUAUACAAAUUAAUGAAAGUCAAAACAACAAAAGUUGCAAACACAAAUAAACUUACUCAAAUAUUGAAGAGGAUUAUAGAAAAAAAUAAGAUAUGUAGUGGUGAUAUCUAUACUACAAAUAAAAGUAUUAUACAAAAUGAUUAUACAAUGCUAAAUGAAAUUGUUAAUAAUGAUUUUGUGUAUGAUCUAAAUGAAACUCCUGCUUCAAACAAAAAUAAAACAAUUACUCUCAAUUAUAUUAAAUUUUUUAUGGAAGAAUAUAGAUCUUCAUCAGCAAUCAAAAACAAAGAGAAUUGGACUGACUAUGUGAUCGAAACUAUUGCUAAUCAAUAUAUUACACAUUUGAGAAAAGAAAAUAGUAAAAGUGAAAAGUUUCAACAUCCUAAAAAAGAAAUAAAAAUGUUGUUAAUGCAAAGAUGCACUUCACCAGAAAUAACUGAUGAUGAAUAUAAAGAAGAAACUGGUGUACAAUGUUUAUUAGUACCAGAAUUAAUCUGGUGUAAUCAAGAAGCUAGACAGAUAUUGAGAUAUAUAGAUGAAAAAAUUAAAGAAAAAAGUAGAGUUGAAAAUCCAUGA